CUAAGUGAGGCUGCGCUAGGCUACGCUGGCAGCAGAUUUCCUCCGCCUAACACAUUAUCGAACACGAAUUUCUGAACCACUUUGCAGCAGUUGUAGGACGGUGCAGCAUGGUAUCCAGAAGGCCGAGAUCGUCUCGCCAGCCAGACGCAACCAAACAUGACACCGUUCAGAGACCAGCGAAGAAACGACGCACUGGAACAAGGAACGACGCUCCGCUAGAGUCCUUGGAGCCGACCGCUGAUUCCAACAAGUCACAAUGGACUACAUAUCGAGUGAGCCCAAUACCGAAUACCUACAACGCAACCUCCUUCCACGACGCUCUUCGUAUCAGUCUUCGGCUCGAAUCACAUACAACAUUGACCAUCCACUCCUUCGGUUCGGACUGGUCGCAGCAGAGAACCGCAACGAUCACAUUCAGCGACACUCCUUCCGGGCUAUACUCAGUUGGGGUUGAUGAUGUCUGCGGCAAGACAACAGAAUGGAAGGUGAACAUUGUUCAUCCAUUGUCUACACAAACCGACACUGUGUGCAUUGAUACACACUUUAAGGGUUUUACACCUGUUUCCCCGCUUGCUAAUGACGAGGAACAUUUGAUUGACUGUAUUGCUAUACAUGGCUGGGGAAGUCAUGCGCUUGGAGGAUUCAAAGCCCAUAAUGAUACUUACAUGUGGCUUCGAGAUUCCCUGGCCAAGGACCUUCCUCGAUUACGGGUAUUCAUAUACGGAUACGCAUGUGAUUUGACCACGGCCGAAUCGAUCAGUGGGGUUGAUGAUUACGCAGAUACCCUUAGGCGGCUGCUUAGGAACAGGCGGGUACCCCUGGUGUUCAUUGCUCACAGCCUUGGUGGCAUAGUCCUCAAACAUGCACUUAUACGGAUGAAGGAGAGUUCUGAUGAUGACGACAAUUACAAUCUGAUUUCAGUCUAUGGAGCCUUGUUUUUCGGCGUGCCCAGCCAAGGCAUGGAUACCGAAGCAUUGGCGGCGAUGGUCGGAGACAAACCUCAACGAUACGAUUUGUCCCUGCUCGACCAAGAGGUGGGCCAUCGACUACGGCACCGCCAACACGAAGAUUUCUGUAGAGCUUUGGACUUCAAAGACUCAAAAAUCAUCCAGUUCUUUGAAACGAGGAAGACGUCUACCGUCAUUGAGGUAGUUACAAAGAAGUGGACACGUGCUGGUCCGAAGAAGUUGCUCGUCAAUCCUGCGUCAGCAACCUUCGGUCGCCCAUGGGAAACUUCGGAUGAUUUCAAAGUGUCUAUUGACGCGGAUCAUAGCGAUAUGGUGAAAUUUUCCCAGUUUGAUCAAGACGGCUAUAUCAAGGCACGAGAUGAACUACGAAGGUUUGCAGAGCAGGCUAUGACUGUAAUAGAAAAGAGACUUCAGCAUAGAUCUAUAAAUAGUACCAUCCCGCUUCCUUAA